CAAUACGGGUAUGUUCAUGUUUGUCGCAAGUCACGCCUUUGUGAGUUUUGUGUUUGACCUAAAUCAAAAUUCAAUUGAAAAGUAGGAAUUCAAAGACGUGGGUCUCAAUCAACACUGAUUUACAGAAAUCUUGAAUUCAAGUAUGAAGCAACUAGACAUCACAAGCCAGGCGAAGAGUAAAAGAUCUGACAAAAGCUGGUAUAUACUAUCUGCAGGACUUAUAAUUUCAGUGACUGUAAUUUUUAUUUUGGACCUACAGUUUUUUGCAUCUACAAACUUUAUACGCAAUACAUUAAACGGGAAAAUGUUAGAAGUUUUAUCUGCAGCUGACAAUUUUACGAACAAAUUCAUUGAUACAAUGAAACAUAAAUUGAUAAUAAUUGAUUCUGAUAUACCUGACAGUGGUUCAGAACAACACGUGAGCGAUCAUUUUAGCAAUAGCAAUCAUGGUAACUGUACAUGGCCUCCACUUAAUUUACAAGGACGCACCCCUCUGAAUAGAACAGACAUUGCAAUAGAAAAACUUGAUCAAAAAUAUACAUUCAUGGCAGACGGACAUUAUAAACCUAAAAACUGUACAGCGUAUCAAAAAAUUGCUAUUGUCGUUCCAUAUCGAGACAGACAACUACAGCUCCGUAUAUUUUUGAAUAAUGUUAUUCCACGCAUCCACAGACAGCAAUUAGAAUUCGGAAUUUAUAUAGUAGAACAGACAGCUGGUUCGUUAUUCAACAGAGGUAUGUUGUCCAAUAUAGGAUUCGUUCAAGCAAUGAAAGACAUGGCAUAUGACUGUGUGGUAAUUCACGACUUAGAUAUCCUUCCAGAAGAUGAUCGUAAUUUUUAUAUAUGUGGAGACAAUCCUAUACAUAUGGCAACAAAAGUGGAAAAAUUUAAAUACAGAGUCCCAUACCAUUCAUUUGCUGGAGGAAUUUCUACAUUUUCUAAAAAGCAGUAUGAGGAUAUAAAUGGUUUUCCCAACCAGUUUUUCGGUUGGGGUGGUGAAGACGACGAAUUAUUUGCAAGAAUAAAACGUAGCAAUUACAAAAUGACAAGACCAUUCGAUGCCCAUGGCCAUUGUGGAAGUGUUCAACACUCUGGACAAAGAACUGGAAAUGACAGAAUGAAAAUGUUACAAAUUUCUCGAAAGAUUUGGAAACAGGAUGGUCUCACUGAUCUAGAAUAUAAUCUUGUAGAAAAGAGAAGAAAGCAAUUGUAUGUUUGGGUUUAUGCGGACAUUAAUAUGGCGAAAGUAAGAGAGAAACUUAAAAAACUGAACAGUCCUUCAAGAAAAUAAAAAAAGCAGAUAAAAUGAGAGAAACAGUAAUCCUAUUAAGACAGUUAUUAUCUUUUUGAUUAAUACGAAAAGAUAUGUUUGCAAUGAUCUCAAAUACAAAUUAAAGCCCUUUUAUAUGAAAUAGUGCAUGGAUUUGCAACCUAAUUUUAUCAAAUGUUGAUGCACAAAUACGUUAUAUGUUUGGGAACUGAUCUAUCUGUAAUUUCAAUUUCAUUUGAAAAUAUAUGCAGUUGUUUUAAUGUCAUCAAAUAACAAUACAUUUAGGAGAUAACUGUAAUGUAUUUUAAGUUCCAAUAGCGUCAAUAAAUUUGAUUUGUCAUUUGAUGAUCACAAAUUCUGUUUACUGAACGGGUAUUUGCGACCAUCAAAUCACCAACUGAUGCUGUGGGAGAUUAAAGUACUAUAUUGUUAUCUCAAUUCUAAUACAACUGACAGAAAUCAUCGUCAAAUCAUACAUUGAAAAUCUGUCAUACGUCGUCCACUCUUGCGCGAGCAUUUUCAUAACAUCAAUUGUGAAUUAAUGCCAUGAAAAUCAGUGAGGUUAUCCAAUCAAAAUGACCGUUACAAACGAUUUUGCAAUAUAAUUAUAUAUAGCUUCUAUGAAGUUUAUAAAGUGUUUUCAAAAUAUUCAAAAACACAAAAUUAGGUAGUAACUAACGAAAUUAUAGAAUAAAAACAUACACCAGGUAAUGAAUAUAUCUACCAGUUAAAAGGUAACCAUGAUUAUCAUACAACACAUUAUGAAAUAUGGGACUAUGUCCUAGAUGAAAUGUGUUAGAAUGAAUAUUAAACAAACGAAUCUCAACUAAGAUAAAAAAAAAAAAAAAAAAAAAAAAAAAAGAA